ACGCAAAAGUUAGUCAAAGGGAGAUUCAAUCUUCAAAUCAUUGACUUUGGGAGGAGAAUUAGCCAAUUAGGAGAGCAACAAAUUCCUUCUUCCUUCACAGCUAUGGCUUAUUUCUCUGUUUCCAAUUCUCACCUUCACACUCUGCAACUUCUUCUCUUCUUCUUCACAUAAUCAAAUCUAUUCCAUACAUAGCUAUGGCUCAGCUUCCAGAUCAGGAAGAUCCAUCAAAGCCCAGCCUCUUCUCCCCUUAUAAAUUGGGCAGAUUCAAUCUCUCCCACAGGAUUGUAUUGGCGCCAUGUACAAGAUGCAGAGCUCUGAAUGGGAUUCCGCAGCCGGCCAUGGCGGAGUACUAUUCACAGAGGGCUACCCACGGCGGGUUUCUCAUCACUGAGGGAACCAUGGUGGAUCCAACUUCUGCUGGGUUUCCCCACGUGCCCGGGAUUUUCACCGCGGAGCAAGUGGGGGCAUGGAAGAAGGUUGUUGACGCCGUCCAUGCUAAGGGCGCUGUUAUCUUUUGUCAGCUGUGGCAUGUUGGUCGUGCAUCUCAUGAAGUGUAUCAACCUGCUGGGUGUGCACCUGUUUCUUCAACACACAAAGCAAUAUCAAAGAGAUGGAGGAUACUGAUGCCAGACGGGAGCUAUGGGAUCUAUCCCGAACCUCGGGCCCUAGGAACCGAUGACAUUGCAAAAAUAGUGGACUUCUAUCGCGUCGCGGCCGUUAAUGCUAUGAAAGCAGGCUUUGAUGGUGUUGAGAUCCACGGAGCUCACGGCUAUCUCAUCGAUCAGUUCCUGAAAGACGGGAUCAAUGACCGCGUGGACGAGUAUGGCGGGUCCCUUCCGAACCGUUGCAAAUUCAUGACCCAAGUCGUUCGAGCGGUCGCUGAUGCCGUGGGUCCCGGCCGCCUCGGCGUCAGGAUUUCGCCCGCCAUCGACCACCUCGACGCCACGGACUCCGACCCGCUCGGGCUCGGUCUCUCCGUGGUGGAGAGGCUGAACGAGCUACAGACCGACGCCGGAGCGCAGCUCGCCUACCUCCACGUAACCCAACCGCGUUACGUGGCGUACGGGCAGACCGAGGCGGGCAGGUCGGGCAGCGAAGAGGAGGAGGCCCGGCUAAUGCGCCGCCUCCGGGAUGCGUACCGGGGCACCUUCAUAUGCAGCGGGGGGUACACGAGGCGGCUCGGGAACGAGGCCGUAGCCCGAGGGGAGGCGGACUUGGUGUCGUACGGGCGGCUUUUCAUCGCGAACCCGGACUUGGUGUUGAGGUUCAAACUUGGUGCACCACUGAAUAAGUAUGACAGGAAAACAUUCUACACUCAGGAUCCUGUUGUGGGAUAUACAGAUUACCCUUUCCUUAAUAAUCAACCUAUUUCUCGUCUAUGAGGGGAUAUAUAUAUAUAUAUAUAUAUAUAUAUAUAUAUAACCACAAAUACUUUAUUUGUGUGUUCAUUUUAUGUGUAUUAUUUGAUAGUAUGGAUGAUAUGAAUUUCUUCAUAUAAUAAUCUAGUGCUCCCUAAUUACCCUAUUUCAUACUUCCUUCAUCCCAAUUGCAUGUUUUGAUUUACGAUAUUUGACUAAAAUUAUUUUCAAUUUAUUUUAUAUUAAAAUAUUUUCAAAUUUAAAAAAUAGAAUGUAUACAUUUAAAAAAGUAAGUCUAAAGUUGUACAAAAAUAAAAGGUGAUAUAAGUACGGAGUAUAUUAUUUUUUCAAAUGAAUACCGAAAAUGAACUUGAUGGACCCUU